AUGACAGACUUCCAAAUGCUCAGCAGCUCAAACGGCAUGCUGGACGCACCCUGGACCAACAUCAAUUCGGGAUGGACACCCAUCAGCAGCCCACCUGGACUCGCCAGCUUUGACCCACAAAAGGUGCCAUCAUCCAUCAAGAACUGUGAGUUUAUCAACAUCUCCAAUGUCACUGGCUUCGACCCUUGGAUGGCACCACAGAUCGUCAGCGUCAUGGAUAGAUCAAAGCUACAGCAACAACCUUCGCCCAAGCUCAUCAAUCACAUUGCCCCUAUCAAUCCAAUCAAGCGUAGCAGCGAGGAUUACACUCAUAACCAGAUUUCACAGCAAUUUGCUGAGCUUCAAAUUCAACAACAACAACAACAACAACAACAAUCAGAUGAUCCAGAGGGAGAUGAAGAGAUCUCUGGACAGAGCAGAUACAAGACAGAGCUCUGCCGUUCAUUUGCCGAGACUGGUGUGUGUAGAUAUGGAUUCAAGUGCCAGUUUGCUCAUGGACGUGAUGAGUUGCGACCAGUUAUGCGACAUCCAAAGUACAAGACAGAGACAUGCAAGACGUUCCACACUGUUGGCAGCUGUCCAUAUGGCUCUCGAUGCAGAUUCAUUCAUGCCAAGCCAGGCGUCCCAGCCAACCAAGAGCACAUCCUUAACUUCUCUGCCAACAGUCUCUCGCCACCCCAGACCGUGCCAAGGGAGACACAGCAACAGCUGCUCUCCUCCCCACCUUCAAUGCAGCCACUCAGCAAGUCGACACCAGACAUGAAGCCACCCACCGCCGUCACCUGGUCAGACUCUUGGGGACCAGAUGAGGCCAACAUGCACAACAGCAAGUCCAUGCGUCUGCAGAACAAGCCAAAGGAGGAUGAAGUCAACAACAGCAAGAGAAGGUUGCAGAUCUUCCGUACCAUUUGCUCCACCAAUCCAUCCUGGGAGUAA